AUGAAUAAGUGUCAUCGGAGAGCCAUUAAAACUUUAUGGAUUAGUCAUUUACUUCCACUAAAAGAUUUACUGCUUGCACAGUUGACUCCUCAUGCCCAGAGAUGGAAAGCUUUGACACUCACAGACUUGGGAAUUUGUCAUUUCAGUGGUGUGAAGAUCUUUAGUAACUGCAGCAUCGAAGACUUUGCACAUUUUAUUUCAAAACAGAAGUCCCAGUGUCUUCACAAUCAGCCUCGAUUAGAUCCUUUUUUCAAACAGCAAGCCGUGUGUGGUAAUGCAAAGCUGGAAGCAGGAGAGGAGUGUGACUGUGGGACCCAACAGAAUUGUUUCCUUCUUGGAGCCAAAUGCUGUGAUACUGCCACAUGUAGAUUUAAAGCCGGUUCAAAUUGUGCUGAAGGACCAUGCUGUGAAAAUUGUCUAUUUAUGUCACAAGAAAGAGUAUGUAGGCCUUCCUUUGAUGAAUGCGACCUCCCUGAAUAUUGCAAUGGAACAUCUGCGUCAUGUCCAGAAAACCACUUUAUUCAGACUGGGCAUCCGUGUGGACCGAAUCAAUGGCUCUGUAUAGAUGGAGUUUGUAUGAGUGGGGAUAAACAAUGUAUGGACACAUUUGGCGGAGAAGCAGAGUUUGGUCCUACAGAAUGUUAUUCUUACCUUAAUUCAAAGAGUGAUGUAUCUGGAAACUGUGGCAUAGGUGAUUCAGGAUACACACAGUGUGAAGCUGACAGCCUGCAGUGCGGAAAAUUAAUAUGUAAAUAUGCAGGUGAAUUUUUAUUACAAAUUCCAAGAGCCACUAUUAUUUAUGCCAACAUAAGUGGACAUCUCUGUGUUGCUGUGGAAUUUGCCAGUGAUCAUGAAGACAGCCACAAGAUGUGGAUAAAAGAUGGAACUUCUUGUGGUUCAAAUAAGGUUUGCAAGAAUCAAAGAUGUGUGAGUUCUUCAUACUUGGGUUAUGAUUGUACUACAGACAAAUGCAAUCACAGAGGCGUAUGCAAUAACAAAAAGCACUGUCACUGCAGUGCUACAUAUUUACCUCCAGAUUGCUCAGUUCAAUCAGAUACAUCGCCUGGUGGGAGUAUUGACAGUGGCAAUUUUCCACUUGUAGCUAUACCAGCCAGGCUCCCUGAAAGGCGCCACAUGGAGAACGUUUACCAUUCCAAACCAAUGAGAUGGCCACUUUUCUUAUUCAUUCCUUUCUUUAUUAUUUUCUGUGUACUGAUUGCUAUAAUGGUGAAAGUUCAUUUCCAAAGGAAAAAAUGGAGAACUGAGGACUAUUCAAGCGAUGAGCAACCUGAAAGUGAGAGUGAACCUAAAGGGUAGUCUGGACAAUAGAGAUGCCAUGAUAUCACUUCUUCUGGAGUAAUUAUCUGCGAUGGAUGGACACAAAAAAGUGGAAAAAAAAAAAAAGAAUGUACAUUACCUGCUUUCCUGGGACUCAAACCUGCAUAUUGUGAUUUUUAAUUUGACCAGAAAAUAUGAUAUAUAUAUUUGUAUAAUUUCACAGAUAAUUUACUUAUUAAAAAUGCAUGAUAAUGAGUUUUACAUUACAAAUUUCUAUUUUUUUAAGUUAUCUCACACUAUUUCUGUUGGUCAGUAGACACUAAUUCUGUCAGUAGGGGCAUGGUAUAAGGAAAUACCGUAAUGUAAUGAGGUGGUACCAUCAUUAAAAGCCACUGUUAUAUUUCAAA